AUGGUCCAUCAGCAGAUGGCUUCGCAAGAAAUUACGGUAGCAUAUUUGGGUCCUGCCGGAUCGUAUACACACCAAGCUGCUCUUGGAAAGUUUGGUAAUAGCGUAACUUACCACCCUCAGGCAACAAUAGAUGACGUCUUUAAAUUCGUGGAAGAAAAACACACAACCUAUGGCGUCGUUCCUUUCGAGAAUUCGACCUUCGGGUCUGUGGUAACCACAUUGGAUCGGCUUGUUUCAUCAAAAACCCAGAUCAUUGGCGAAGCUUACUUAGAGGUGAACCAUAAUCUUCUCGCGAAGUCGAAUAUCAAAUCGGUAAAAAGAAUUUAUAGUCAUCCACAGGCAUUUGGGCAAUGUCGAAAAUGGAUUAAUACACAUCUUAAAGGCGCUCAAUGCAUUGAUGCAUCAUCUACUAGCCGGGCUGCAGAGUUGGCGGCUUCAGAGUCAGCCUCGGCGGCGAUAUCUAGUAUUGUUUGUGCAGAGCUGUAUGGGUUAAAUGUGUUGGAGAAAGAUAUUCAGGAUUUACGAGGAAAUAAGACGCGUUUUUUCAUCCUCGGAAACUCGCCAUCUGGAUCAACAGGUGAUGAUCGAACUCUGCUUUUAUUCACAGUAGAUCACCGAAAACCUGGUGCUUUGUGUGACUGCCUGAAAACUUUCAAGGAUCACAAUAUCAACCUAACAAAGAUUGAUUCAAGACCCUCAUUACAAAGACAAUGGAAUUAUGUAUUUUUUGUUGAAUUCGAAGGUCACAAAGAUGAUAGUAACGUAAGGAUGUCCUUGAAUGAUAUAGGUGAAUAUUGUUUAGGUUUAACGGUGCUGGGAAGCUAUUCAAAUAAAAGAACGGAAGAUUAA